CGUAGCACGGAAACCUGUGCGCGCACCCACGGAAAAUAGUGGGCUGAUUUGUCUCUUCCAUGCUUUAAGUCGAGCUGCAUUUUCAGGGUGGUGGAACGCUGUAACUCAAAAGUUUUUUUCUCGUACAUAUUUUUAGAAAAUCUACACGGGGAAAACCAGGUCAAUGUAAUGUGAGAAGAUGUCCGUAAAUGAAACAUACGUAUUCCGACCUUUCAAACUGAUCUCCUUACUUUGUGUGUUUCUUGCCCUGUGUUUGGAUAUUGUGGCUUUACUGAGCCCUGCUUGGGUUACUGCGGAGCGGUACUCUCUGUCACUAUGGGAAUCUUGCAGGAAAGUCGGAGCUGUCUUGCAGUGCUCUUCGACACUAAGGACUGAUUGGCAGGUUGCCACCCUGGUGCUGCUGCUGGCUGGCGCGGUGGUCACUCUGGUGGCCUUCCUCAUCGCCCUCAUCUCCAUGUGCAGCGGAACGCACCGGAAACACUACCGAACCGUGGCCAUUUUCCUCUUCACUGCAGUGGUCCUUCAGGCCUGCGCCCUGGUCCUGUACCCGAUCAAGUUCAUCGACGGCACGGUCCUGCAGACCUACCACGAGUUCAACUGGGGCUACGGCCUGGGCUGGGGGGCCACCAUCUUCAUGCUGGGCGGCGGCAUCCUCUUCUGCCUCCGAACGGACAUGUACGAGGAUGCCUUGUACUGAGUCCUCGCCAACCGCCGAUAGACUUCGGGCAGCGGGCUGGUCUGUUUUUAGCCGAGUCUGUCUGCUGACCAGCGGGAGAUAUGAAGCAUGAGGAGCAGCUGUAUGGAGAGACCUUCCAUUGUAUGCAUGCCCCCCCCCCCCAGUGCCCCCCCCCCCACCCUUGUGAUACUGGAAGCCAUGAUCAUGCACAGAAAAACAGGCUCUUAUCCUGCCUCCAUACAGCCUUCCUACUGAUUUCCACCCAUACAGAACAAAAGAAAAGUAGAAAAAAGUAAUGCUUAGCUUUAACAGGUUCAGUGUUUCUGCUUUGGAAUUUCUUUUAAGCAAAGUCUUUGGCAGUUUUGUAUAUAUUCCUAUUUGAUUUCAAACUGCAGAAUGUUUUUUUUAAUUUAAGAUGUGUUUUGAAGAAUCACUUCCCUCACCUGUAUUGACAUUAUUAUCAAGUUUUCCAUUAAUUCUGAAACAAUUGAUGGAGCGUAUUGGCAAAAUUUCAGGAGUAGGAGAACCUUCUCCUCGCUCCUUGCAAUGCAUAUAAAUGAGUAAUAUUGGUUUCUUUGACUUGCCAUGCACUGGAAGUGAAAAAUAAAAGGAAUUGUCUAAUCAGCA